AGGCGAGGGUGGCCAAUGAGCGAGUGAUUCGUGGAGGAACGGGCUGCAGGUGGAGGCGGGCCCGCCGGUGCUGGGUUGUGUUGUUCGGUGUGUUUGGUGCUCGGCGGGCGGAGUGGGAACCGCCGGACGAGGAAAUCUUGACAAUGGCAACAGCACAGUCGGUCUUUGCUUUUGCUGUCUGCAUUUUAAUGAUAUCGGAAUUUAUAUUGGCGAAGAAAGAUUACUAUGAAAUUUUGGGCGUGCCAAAAAAUUCUUCUGACCGGCAAAUAAAGAAGGCGUUUCACAAACUUGCAAUGAAAUACCACCCGGAUAAAAAUAAAAGUCCUAAUGCAGAGGCAAAGUUCAGGGAAAUUGCAGAAGCAUAUGAAGUCCUUUCAGAUGAGAAGAAAAGGAAAGAAUAUGAUCACAUGGGUCAUCAAUUUUUCAAUGCAGGCGGCGGUGGCCAUCAAACUAGUUCUUUUAAUUUUAAUUUUGAUGACUUUCUUAAGGAUUUUGACUUUGAUUUUGGCCACAGAGCACAUCACAAGAAACAUUUCAACAGUCACUUCAGGGCACAUCAAGAAGCACAAAAUGCACAUAGGUUUUCUUUUGGAGAUAGACAGUUUCCUUUUGGAGGUGGGUUGUUUGAUGAUGUAUUUGAAGACAUGGAAAAGAUGUUCUCAUUCAACACUUUUGGCAGCACACACAAGCACACAGUGAGAACUGAGAAGUUUCAAAGCACUGGGAAGCAGCACUGCAAGACUGUCACGCAGCGGCGAGGGAACAUGGUCACCACGUACACGGACUGUUCAGUGCCGUAAAUUUAAAUGGAAGUACAACAAAUGUAACAGUGUGGUUGACAGCUUUUAUGUGUCAUGGUUUGUUUCCCAUGCAGAGUGUCAAGAAUGGCAGUAGCUGAGCUGACUUGCACAAAAAAAAAGUUUUCCUGUUAGUUUUUGAGGCCCUUCAUAGAAAUUAUUGGGUGCAAUGAUCUAAUUCAAGCUAGAAAAUGUACUUGGCAGUAGUAUACACUUUCUUAGUAAAGUUCCAAAUGUAUGAAUAAAGCAAUAGUAACAAUUGUAGUAACAGCUAGCUCCGGAAGUUAAAGUAACAGGUUUAAAAGAAAUAAUUAUGCAGCAGUUUACUCAAAUGCGUCUGCAUUUGCUUAAUUCUAAAGUAUCACAUGCAUUUUAAGUUCAAGAGAAGAUUUUGUCAUUACAGGACAAAUGAAGUCCUGUCCUAAUCGCUUGACUUAGUUACCAGCUUACCAGUUUUUUUAAAGAAAUAUGAGCUACCAUAUUUUGUCUUUGAUUUCUGAAUGUGAAUGCUAAACCCAUGCCUUACUGCUUUUGUUUCACGGCUUGAAAGGUCUUCACACUUGAUGUAAUUUUGGAUUUGCUAUAUUGCCGUGACUUUUUGGGCCUUAGAUUUGAAAAUAAUUGCAUUGCAAAAGCAUAUAUUGUGAGGAAAUGCCUUGUUUGAAUCUGAACAGUUGGUAUAGCAAAAUCGAGCAUUUAGUUAAAACUUGUUAAUUUGAAAUUGUAUACAUUAAGAAAAUUAAAAUAUGAAGACUUAAUUCCUGCGGAGUUCAAAGUGCUGAAUAAAAUCACAUUUUAAUAUAGAAAUUAGAAUUUAAUUUCAAACAAUACCUAAACUGGGUUCUAUAAAAAUAAUAUUUACAAAUUUAUAAACCAUAGCAUGUUUUUCUGAUAAAAGAUCAACUUUCAAAUUGUGUGUAGGUGAGGAUAAGUUCCAUUCCUCAGAUCCAUAUUGAUUUUUGUUGUGUUAUCUAGCUAACAACAAGCUAUUUAAAUUGUUCUUAAAUAACUACAGUUAACAUGUACUCUGGCAUGUUUAGCAAACUUGUAUUACUUAAAAGAUGUUUAGUUACAUUGUGAUCAGUUGCCCUGUCUCCAUCUUUUAGGUUAGAGUGUACAGAGUUUAUAAAAUCUGGAUUACCUCAUUUCAUUUUCUGAAAAACAGGUGAAGAACUGUUUUCUGUCCAGUGUGCAAUAUUAGCAAGCAGAGACCUGUUCCUGGAUUGCAGACUCCAUUAGUUUUUAAAAUUGUGAUAUGUGUCCAAAAUGUCAGCACUUUUCCAAAAUGCACUUGUUAAAUAAAUCCAGUUGAUAAGACCUUGUAUUGUUUAAAUAAACACUUUUCCCAUGGUUUC